AUGGCGAAAUUGGAGUGGAAAGUGAUAAUAGCGAUGAAGGGGCACCCAGGAAGUGGAAAAAGCACGUUAGCCAAAUCCAUAGCCUCGUCCCUCCGAAUCCCUCUGUUAGACAAAGACGACGUCAAAGACUGCACCCAACGCUUGACCCUAACCUCACCCCCCUCACUCCUCAACGACCUCUCCUACGACGUCAUCUGCCAGAUCGCCUCCACCCAGCUCCGCCUCGGUCUCAGCGUUCUCCUCGACUCCCCGCUCUCCCGUUCCGCGCACCUCCACCGCCUCCGCUCCCUCGCUGCCUCUCUCUCCGCCCACCUCCUCCUCAUCGAGUGCCGCCCUUCCGAUCGCCUCGAGUGGCGCCGCAGACUCGAGGCGCGCGGCCGCGACGCAGGCGGACACAAGCCCGCCACCUGGGAGGAGCUGGAGAAGCUUCUCGAAGCGUACGGAGGGUGCACGGAGUACGACGUCGGUGACGUGCCGAGGCUGGUUGUGGAUACAACCGCAAAUUUGCCUCUGGAAGAGAUCUGUUCCACUGCGUUGGAGUUUAUCUUCACUCAUGCUACUACGCCACUUGCGAUCUAG